AUGACCGGCGCUCCUCUUGUUUCGCGGGGCAGCGUGGUCCUGCGACACAGCCUCGCGAGACCGGUAGCCCUUUGCAGCUCUCUGACUUCGUCCUCCGCCAUCAUCCCCACCUCCUCGUCGGUCGCGAAGCUCUCGGCCUUGCAUAGUGGUGCCACGUCCCGCGCCUUUUCCCUACGAACCUCACGGCGUGCGCCGGUUGCCCCGCCCAAGAAUGGUGCGAGCCUCGUCAACGCCGCAGCUCGCCAGCCGCUGCCGGCGCAAUUCUUCUUCUCUCGGCGCCCUGGAGCCGCUACGUCGAUAACCAGCUCCAGCACGAUCGCCGCGAUUCGGAAUGCUUCGACGAAGCCUGAAAAGCCUACGAAGGACGCCAAUCCCGCAGCAGCUACCAGUGCGGCUCCUGCCGCCAAGCUGGGCGGCCACACGUUCAAGAGCUUUACGCAGUUAGCCCUCGCAUGGAUCGGUGGCUCGUUCGUUUUCAUCACCUUGGGCGUCGUGGGUUUCUUCCUCUAUGAUGCAACGACCUACAAGGAGGGCGCCGAUCUCGAGGACAUUGCCGUUCCCCAGCUUGCCCUCAACCCGCGCCGCGGCGGUCCAAAGAACUUGCCCCUAUACGAGGUGCAGAUCGAUGACUCCGACUGCGAAGAACGCCUCAAGACCAAGGACAAGCCCAAGCUAGUGAUUCUUGGUGGUGGCUGGGGCAGCGUGGCCAUGCUCAAGGAGCUCAACCCGGACGACUACCAUGUGACGGUCAUCUCGCCUACAAACUACUUUCUCUUUACGCCCAUGCUUCCGUCUGCCACUGUUGGUACGCUUGAGCUCAAGUCUCUGGUCGAAUCGAUCCGUCGCAUCCUCAGGCGCGUGAAUGGCCACUUUUUGCGGGCCCGCGCCGAGGACGUGGAGUUCUCGUACAAGCUGGUCGAAGUGUCCCAGGCGGACCAGAAGGGCAACGAAACCCGUUUCUACGUGCCCUACGAUAAGCUUGUGAUCGCUGUUGGCUCCGUUACCAACCCGCACGGUGUCAAGGGCCUCGAGAACUGCUUCUUCCUCAAGGAUAUCGACGACGCUCGCAAGAUCCGGAACAAGGUUGUCCAGAAUCUCGAAAUUGCCUGCCUGCCGACCACACCCGAUGAGGAGCGCCGGCGCCUGCUGUCCUUUGUCGUCAGCGGCGGUGGUCCUACCGGUGUUGAGUUUGCUGCCGAACUCUACGACAUGCUCAACGAGGAUCUGAUCAAGAACUACCCGCUUCUGCUCCGGAACGAGAUCUCUGUCCACCUCGUGCAGAGCCGCAGCCACAUUCUGAACACAUACGAUGAGACCGUUUCCAAGUACGCGGAGGAGCGCUUCCUGCGCGACCAGGUCGAUGUCCUGACCAACUCCCGCGUCAACGAGGUGCGCCCGGAUCGCAUCAUCUUCAGCCAGAAGACGGACAAUGGCGAGAUCAUCAAAAAGGAGCUACCCAUGGGCCUUUGCCUGUGGUCGACCGGACUGUCCCAGACCGAAUUCUGUCAGCGCCUGGCUGCCAAGUUGGGUGCCUCGCAGACGAACCGCCACGCCCUCGAGACUGACACGCACCUGCGUCUAAACGGCACCCCCCUUGGUGACGUGUAUGCAAUUGGUGACUGCAGCACGGUCCAGAACAACGUGGCCGACCAUAUCAUCAGCUUUGUCCGCAACCUGGCCUGGAAGCACGGCAAGGACCCUGAGACUCUCGAGAUCCACUUUGCCGACUGGCGCAACAUUGCGGCCGACGUCAAGAAGAAGUUUCCGCAGGCCGUGGUCCACCUCCGUCGCCUCGACAAGCUGUUCUCUGAGUUUGACAAGGACCAUUCGGGCACCCUCGACUUUGGCGAGCUGCGCGAGCUGCUGAAGCAGAUCGACAGCAAGCUGACCAGUCUGCCGGCGACGGCCCAGCGCGCACACCAGCAGGGCCAGUACCUCGCGCGCAAACUGAACAAGGCGGUGCGGGCGUCGCCUGGUCUGCACGUCAACGACAUCCAAGACGGCGAUCUGGAUGCUACCGUAUACAAGGCUUUUGAGUACCACCACCUGGGCAGUCUGGCGUACCUGGGCAACUCGGCUGUGUUUGAGCUGGGCAACUACAACGUCUCUGGCGGCCUCUGGGCUGUUUACGCAUGGCGCAGUGUGUACUUUGCGCAGAGCGUCAGCAUGCGGACGCGCAUUCUGCUGAUGAUGGACUGGUUUAAGCGUGGCCUCUUUGGCAGAGAUCUGAUCAGCUUCACCUAA